ACGUAAAUGCAUAGCGUUCACCCGUGUCCAGUGGAUCUUGAGAGCCUGUUCUUGUACGCGAAGGGGCACCUAGUGUAGGUGUCUAGGCUGGGUGAUUACUGCUCUCAACUUUGUCACACCAUCUUCUGGCCCAGGAUAGUAAAUUAUUUCCCCCUCCUCCUUCUCCGUGUAGGAAUCUAUUUCCCACUAGAGAGCGGAUUUUUAAUUGCUGACACUUCAUAAUUGAUUGCAAUCCCACAGAAGUGCAAUUAGUCAAUUUUAAUACAUUUUUGUAACGAGUAAAGAGAGAAUUUGCAAAGAUGAAUUCGUUGGCAUCGGAUUUAAGCAAAGCGAUGUCCGGUGGCGGGAUGUCUCAGUUUCAAGAAGCCGUUCGCCAGGAGCUGGAAGAAGCCAUGAAAUUCGAUUUAGAGAAAAUACUAGCUACAGCACCGGAGUCAGAUUUAGAGCACAUUAACAAAGAUAUUAAGGGGUUCCAGAAGCUGUUCCACCGAUUUCUAGAAGAGAAGGGACCAUCAGUGGAUUGGGGAAAGAUCCAGAGACCCCCUGAAGAUUCUAUCCAACCCUAUGAAAAGAUAAAAGCACGAGGAAUACCAGAUAAUAUAGCAUCUGUACUGAACAAGUUGGUGGUUGUAAAGCUUAAUGGAGGUUUGGGGACUAGCAUGGGUUGUAAAGGCCCCAAAAGUCUUAUUGGAGUACGCAAUGAGAACACCUUCCUGGAUCUUACUGUGAAACAGAUAGAGCACUUGAACAUCACAUACAAUACAGAGGUUCCACUAGUUCUGAUGAACUCUUUUAACACUGAUGAAGACACUAACAAAAUACUGCAGAAAUACAGCCAUUGCCGGGUGAAAAUUUACACUUUUAAUCAAAGCAGGUAUCCACGAAUUAAUAAGGAGUCUUUGUUACCGAUCGCCAAGGAUGUGUCCUAUUCUGGGGAGAAUGCAGAGACCUGGUAUCCUCCCGGUCACGGUGAUAUCUAUGCCAGUUUUUUUAACUCCGGACUUCUGGACACAUUCAUAAAAGAGGGGAAGGAAUAUAUUUUUGUUUCUAACAUUGACAAUCUUGGCGCCACUGUGGAUCUAUACAUUCUCAAUCACCUGAUGAAUCCACCAAAUGGAAAACGUUGUGAAUUUGUCAUGGAGGUUACUGACAAAACCAGGGCAGAUGUGAAGGGUGGCACCCUCACUCAAUAUGAGGGGAAGCUAAGGCUUGUGGAAAUCGCCCAAGUACCAAAAGCACAUGUGGAUGAGUUUAAAUCUGUCUCCAAGUUUAAGAUCUUUAACACAAACAAUUUGUGGAUUUCAUUGCCAGCGAUCAAGCGACUGCAGGAUGCCAAUGCAAUUGAUAUGGAAAUUAUUGUUAAUCCAAAGACGUUAGAUGGAGGGCUAAAUGUGAUUCAACUAGAAACAGCAGUUGGAGCUGCCAUUAAAAGCUUUGAGAAUUCUUUGGGUAUCAAUGUGCCUCGAAGCCGUUUCUUGCCUGUGAAGACCACGUCAGACCUUCUGCUUGUCAUGUCCAACCUUUACAGCCUGAACGCUGGAUCCUUAACAAUGAGCGAAAAACGAGAGUUUCCCUCGGUUCCUUUGAUCAAACUAGGAAGUUCAUUCACACAGGUUCAGGACUACUUGAAAAGGUUUGAAAAUAUCCCAGAUAUGCUUGAGCUGGAUCACCUCACAGUGUCGGGGGAUGUGACCUUUGGGAAGAAUGUGGAGCUGAAGGGGACAGUCAUCAUAAUUGCAAAUCACGGUGACAGAAUAGACAUCCCUCCUGGAGCAGUAUUAGAAAACAAAAUUGUGUCUGGAAACCUACGGAUCCUGGAUCACUGACCCUCAGCACGUUUUAUGGAUUAUGUACAGUACAUGUUAAUUAUUCUUAAAUAGAUGGCUGGUACCCAGAUAAUUUGUACUCUGUAAUUCAGAUUUUCACUGUACCUUCAAGUGUUGUAGUUUGUAUCUGUGCUAUAUAUUCUUUAUUUAACAAAAAAAAAAUGCCCUAGUUAUUUGAAAGCAAUAUAUAAAAUAUUUAGCAAUUACAAAGUAUGUUUAAUGUGAAUAAAUAUUUCAAGUGCAAUACUGUCCUUACUUGUGAAGAAUAAAAGGACAAACCAUGA